UGUUCAAAGUGUUUUUAUUGUAAAAUGUUGUUAAAGUAAACUAUGUAAAAUUAAAAGUAAUACAUUUUUUAAAGAACUUAAGUAUCUUUAUAAAGAGGAAGAUGAAUAUUACACUGACUAGCUUAGAAGCUUUAAUUUUAAAAGCAACACAUGAAUCUCUUCCGCAACCUGAUCCUGCGGCCUUAGAGGCAUUUUGCGCAAUUAUGCGUGAAGCCGCUGAUGGCUUUCAUUUAGCGGCGCAGGCUUUAGCUUCUCGAAUUCACGUACAAAAUCCCCGUGAAGCUCUAUUAGCCCUCUCUAUGUUAGAUCGUCUUAUGCGUAAAGGCGACACGAACUUUCAGGCUGAAAUUGGAAAGUUUCGGUUUUUGAAUGAAAUGAUCAAGCUAGUUUCGCCUAAAUAUUUAGCGGACAGAACUGCUCCUGAAGUUAGGACUAGGGUUUUACAAUUACUGCAUGCCUGGUCUAUUGAAUAUCCAAAAGAGAGCAAAUUUAAGGUGGCCUUUGACAUGCUAAAGAACCAAGGUGUUAUUAAGGAGACUCCACCACCUCUGCCACCUGAGGAAGUAUCUACAGCUCGACCUAGAAUUAAAAGUGCAAUUUUUGAAGAUGAUGAAAAAUCAAAGCUGCUCCAAAAAUUACUUCAAAGCAAAAAACCAGAAGAUCUACAGCAUGCCAAUAGAUUAAUCAAGACUAUGGUCAAAGAGGAGGAAAAAAGAAAUGAAGCCAACAGUCGGAGGGCAUUAGAAGUGAAUGCAGCUCUAGACAGUGCAGGGGUUUUAGCUGACAUGUUGGAUCAUGCUGCUGAAGCUUCUCCUGAUGAAGAACAACUCAUCCAUGAACUACAUUCCAGCUGCACUAGACUGCGAGUUGUGUUACAACAUUUAGCAGCUUCUGACACUCAAGUUGAGAACCUAAGUGACAUCCUUCAUGCAAGUGAUGUUUUAGAUGAAGUGUUUGAUAAGUAUAAUAAGUACACACAUAACAAAAAAAGCAACAAAUCCACACCUACAAGCCAAAAUAAUGAUAGUCUUUUAGACUUUGCGGGAAGUUCUAUCAAAAACACAGAUAAAAAACAUGAAAACAGAGCUAUAGAUGAUUUAGGUGAUAUAUUUUUAAAUGAAAGCAGUUCAAAUAGUCCUAAAGUGGAACUCCUUACACCUGUCAGUUUAAUACAAAAUGAUACUAUCAAUCUAGAAGAAAAACCUAAGAAGGCUGAGGGCUGGAAUGAACUAGACUCGCUUGGAGAGCAAUUAUUAAAGCAAUCAUUACCAGAAAAUGCAAAACGAGUUGAGAAUUUUAACCAGAAAUCAAAUAGAAAAGUACCUAUGAAUGCUCUAGAAAAGUCAUCACCAAAGGAAGAUAAUCAAAAGAAUGAACACCUACUGGAUCUUGAUUUUUUCACUAAAAACCUGGAUGACACAAUGUUAUCACCCGCUGAACAAUCAACUUCCAUCAGCCCAAAUGACGAUCUCAUGGUGGAUAUAACCGAAACGAUGAAUAAUAAUAUUCAUACAAAUGUAGAAAAAAUACUAGACCUGGCUCCUUUAGUAAACAAUACAAACGAGUUAAGUAAAGACACUGUCGAACAGAAGGUAAAAUCCUUAGCAGAUAUAAAUGUGACUUUGCAAAGUGUGCAUCCUAGUAAAGUGGCUCCCUUAACAGUAUUUGAAGAUGAGGGUGUGACAGUAGUUCUACAUUUUUGUAAAGAUAAGCCGAGACCUGAUGUUAAUGUUGUUGUGGUGUCUACUAGGAGUAAGCAUGAGUUUGCCAUUCAGGAUUAUAAAUUUCAAGCAGUGGUACCUAAGGGUUGCAAAGUCCGUCUUCUCACACCAUCUAGCACCUCUCUGCCAGCCUUUAACCCGUUUUUGCCGCCACCCGCCCUAACCCAGGUACUACUCAUCGGACGCCCGCCCAACAUCUCUGAUAUUUCACUUAAAUUCGUUCUUACAUACACAUGUGAUGACGAAAUGUAUUCAGAAAUGGGAGAAGUUAAAUCAUUGCCUCUUGAUGUUUAAUUUUUAAAUCAGUUGAAAACUAAAAGCAAUAGAGCUACGAAAAGUAUAGCUGUCUCUUUUGCUCGCGUUUGUGUCAAUAAUUUUGGCAUGUUCCUAUAUUUGCUUUUUUUGAACUAACAUGCGAUGAAAUACAAUAUUUCGCGCAAUAAAACUAUUUUUGCGUUUUUAGUUUUGUAUAAAUAAUAAUUUGAUUUAACCACUUGAGAAAUGUUCGAUUACAUCCAUGCUUUGGUUACAUUCCUGUCAAAUGUCGGCAAAAGUAAUUAUAUGAAAAUGGAAGGCAAACAUCCUUAUAAUUAUAUAGAUAUAUAAAGAAAUAGACACAUAUAAAUGUCACACUGACUUACAGUAAGUAAUUAGAUAUUUUUUUGUUUACUGCGCAAUUUAUUUAUUAUUACCGACAAAAUAUAUUUAAGCACGGUGUUUUUAAAUGCUAUAUUAUAAUUUUAGUUUUAUCUGUAAUGAUCUAGUCGAAAUUUUUUGCAUUUAACAUUCCAUGACGAACUGAUUAAUACUUAAGUUUUGUACUUAUUUUGAAAUGUAUCUUAAAGUAAAUUUGGGGUAGGAAAUGAAUAUUUUCUAUUCAACAAAAAUCUAUAAAAGAUUGACGCUGUUAUAACAGAUGCAUUUAUUAUGUACAAUGGUAUAUAUUGCUGUGUAAUAGACUCAGAAUUAUUGUAUUUAGUUUGUAAGGUGUUGAAAUAAAUAUUAUUGCCUGCUUG